GUUUGGGGACGUGUGGGAGGCCCUUCAUGAAGCCGCAACAGCGGCGCCGAACAGCGCUCCAGCCCCUGUUGCCGCUGCCGGUGCCGCUGCUGCUUCUGCAAGAGGCGCCGACGGUUCGGGCUCCACCGCAGCGCCCCAUGACACCUGCCCAAUGGCCAGUGGUGGUAGCGACAAUGAGUGUGAUGCGCCGUCGUCGCGGCCUCCGCAAAUGCGCGUCACCAUACGCGCACGCUGCCGUGACCUUCGGCGUAUUGAAGUGGUGGGUGCGGCAGCCGGCACCGCCCUUGCGCGCGUGCUGCAGCCGCUAAGCAACACGAGCCCUGCUUGCUCUUCCGACGGGGCUGGCGCCAGCGGCGGUAGUGACGCAGACAACGGCGGCAGCGGCGGUGGGGUUGGUGGCGGUGAUGCCGACGAGGCGGAUCUGGGUGCCAGCAUCUGGCAGAGCGUUUGGCGGAGUUCCGAAGCGGGAGGAACCGCCGCCGGCGCCUGUGAGGGUGCAGCCGGCCAAUGGCGGUGGCGGUGGCCUGCGGGUGCUGUCAUUGGCAUGGUGGCCGCAGACCCCCGCCUGGCUGCGCCGGUGGCGGUGGGGGCGGCGCAAGCGGACGCGCUGGUGGCUGCUUCUGCAACGGCGUGUGUUGGGAGCGGCGGCGGCAGCGGCGGUUGUGGUGUUGGCACUGACAGCCAGCGGCGGGUUAGCGGCGGCUUGAGCGAUGAAGCAUCGCGCCGACGGCAGCAGCAGCGGAUGUGUGAGCGGCCACGUCUGCUGCAAGAGGAGGAGCUUCGGCGGCAGUUCCGACAGUGGCCGGAAGCAGGCGAUUGGACGGCGGGAGCGUCGGCCCUCUGGCGCACGCAUGAGCCUGAACGACCAACUUCCUCGUCUUCUGGCCUCGACCGCAGCUCGGUUUGUCCCAUGCCAGUACCACCGCCCAUGUCCCAGUCUGCCAUCGAUGACAUUCGCCGGGCCGUCCGGCGGCAAGUCCUGCGCGCCGGCAUGGGCUUGGCUCUUCAAGCCCAGGGGGGGGUCCCGGAGGCGUCCCGGACGACGCAGGCGCAGGGCCACGUGACCCAUGGGUCAGCAGCGAGCUUUCCGGUGCUGCUAAUACGGCGGUCUGCCGGGCUGCGCAGCGCGUCCGUUGCAGGAAGCCAGUCAGCGGCGACGGAGCGUCAUGAGGCUGUGGGUUGGUCCAUGGUGCUGCCGGCGAGAUGGGUUAUGCCGGUAUGGCUGGCCCUCACCUUUACUGGUGCAAGGCCCAUGGGACAGCUGGAAUGGCGUCAGGUUGCAGCGCACUGGCGCUCGCCAUGCUUCCCAUAUGACCAUCCUUUUACGCCGGCUGGCGAGAAGUACAACCGCGGUCGAUUUGCGGAGCUCGUGGCAGCUGCCUCCAAACGACCCAUGGGUCGGGCCCGGAUAGCGGAUGCGAGUCCCUUGGCGGACUGGACCAGGUUGGCACGGUUCGUAGACAUCAGUUCGCCAAGCCAGCCACCGGAAGCUCUGCUCGGGGGCCCAAAGCGGCAGCCACCGGGGCUUCCACCUUCCAGCAGCAACUCGGACAAGGCAGUGCCCUUCACCACGUUGGCAUACCCGCCUACGGGCCCUGAAGCAGUAGACUCCUCGCAACGGCUGGUGAACUCAGGAGCGGCAAUGCACCUGGUAGACGGUUCUGAGGUGCCCAGCAAUGGAGGGAUCGGUGCUGCCUGUACGCCGGCGCCAGUUAUGCCGGUACGCUCUUGGGGACUGAUCUUGAGCGACAGGUUGCUGCGGCGGAUUGAGCAAGGCGCCGGCAUACAGCAGGGAGGGUCUAGCGGGAUGUGUGGAAAGAUCAAGUCGAGCCUUCAAGGCUGGACGCUACGAAAGGCGCUGAAGCUUGGCCUGCUUACGCCGACGGUAGCACCUGUCAGAGCGCAACCUGUUCCAGCUUUGCACGUGGAGGCGCUUCCUCAACAGGCGCCCCAGCCGCCGAUGCAGCACCUUGUUUUUGUUGGGCUGCGGGUGGUAGGGCCUGGUGUUUGUGAGGCUGGCGCGGAAGUUCUGAUGCCCUGCGGCGAUAGAAAGCUUGCCGUGUGGGGCUCCUGCAGUGACUUUGCACCCCAGCGUGUAGCCCCGGAGGACUGUAAUGUGGUACAGCAAGCGGCGUCGGCGGCUCUUGAGCAGCAUGGAGUCUCAAAACAGGCUCUCCUCCUGGGGUACGUGGUCUCUGCGGCACCCUUGGGUUCGGAGCUGUAUCCAGGAGGCCUCGCAGUGUGCGAUGCUGGCAGUCUGGCCCGCCUGCUCGCUAGCGAUGAGAGCCAAACGGGGUACUGCAGGCGGGAUGCUGUGGCCGGCACCGCAGCUACGUCCGCAUGCAGCGGCUGGGUGGUCAACAGCAAGUUACUCCCCAGCAGCGGCCGUGGAAGUGCGAACGGUCGCGUUGUCCGUGUCUGGGUGCGCAAUCAUGGCUCUGUAGCGCUGAGGAGCUGCAAUGCGACAGUCUUACUGGAGUACACGUGUGGCUAGGCGCAGGGGAGAGAGGGCGGUAGCUCGUAGCAGCUACCAUGUGUCUAGGGCGAAGAAACCUGGAUGUGGCCCUCUUAAUAAAUCAUCUAUACCGGUAUUUUUAAAGCACUCUUUCAUUCGUAAGAUGGAAGAUAGUGGUGUACGGCACCCAUCGGGCAGGUGUACGUAUUGGUGUGAUUUGCUCGAUAUGGGCGGCUUAUUGUAACCGGGCGAGA